CAAGCAAAAACUUUUCCUCUUGUCGCGAAUAAAGUUGGACAGUUGGCCUCCAGAGCUGCAAUAUUUCGGUGAUUAGUAUUCAUUCAUUGGUGUUUAAAUUUAUUCGUGAUUGCUACUCGAGUACACUGGUUGUAAUUAAGUGGAUGUUUAUGAAGACUCGUUGACGAAGCCAUCCGCGGAAAGAUUUGCAUACAGUAAUUAGACGCCCUCAUUCAAUGGGCAAUUUGGUAACGAUUAUAGAGAGAUAUAAUAGCAAGAAAGAUCGGACGAUAGUGAAAACGCUGGAGGAUAGCUUUAGAAACAGAAUUCGUUAUGCAAUAGAAAAAACGAACAUUGUCGCAGGUUAUCGUGCACUGUGAGUCAACUAAUAACUUGCUGUGUUCUCGUUAAAAAUACGAUCAACGUCCGCCUUGGAGCCGUUUGCUAGCGAUAUAUACGACAACUCCCUCCAGACAGUUGUGUGUUGUUUGUUUGUGCGCACUGAAUUGAUACCACCAUACCAGUCUAAAGUAGAAGCUUGAUAGCAGAACUGACGAGACGGGCACCGCGAACAGGAAAGGAAACAUUGUGCAUUUAGCUGUCUGUGCAGUUCUUGCUGUUUCUCAAGCUCGUCCAGUCUUCAUCAAUUCGUCGUCAAGAUGAGUAUGAGUUCGUACACCGAAAGCAGUUCCGAAGAGGACGACCUGUCGCCCCGGGACAAGGUACAACAAAACACCAAGGGCCUGUCGGAUUUUUGCGUUCGUAACAUCAAGCAGCACUCGUUCGGUCGACAUGAGAUCGAAAUUGCCGAACAAGAGAUGCCUGGAAUCCUAGCUCUACGAAAGCAAGCCCUAGAGGAUAAACCACUAAAAGGAGCAAAUAUUGUUGGCUGUACGCAUAUAAACGCACAGACCGCGGUGCUCAUCGAAACCCUCAUAUGUCUCGGAGCGAACGUCAGAUGGGCUGCAUGUAAUAUCUACUCGACACAGAAUGAGGUCGCCGCAGCGUUGGCGGAAAGCGGUGUUCCAAUCUUUGCCUGGCGUGGUGAGAUUGAGGAGGACUUUUGGUGGUGCAUUGAUAAAUGCGUGCAUGCGGAAAAUUGGCAACCGAACAUGAUCCUUGAUGAUGGAGGUGAUGCCACUCAUUUGAUGUUGAAGAAGUACCCGGUCAUGUUCAAGAUGAUCAAGGGGAUUGUGGACGAAAGUGUUACAGGAGUGCACCGCCUGUAUCAGCUAUCAAAGACAGGUAAACUGACCGUCCCUGCGAUGAAUGUAAAAGAUGCCAUCACCAAGACUAAGUUUGAUAGUCUGUACAGCUGUAAGGAAUCAGUCAUAGAUAGCUUGAAACGAGCCACCGACAUCAUGAUUGGAGGGAAACAAGUGGUCUUAUGUGGGUACGGUGAGGUUGGCAAAGGAUGUGCCCAAGCCCUCAAGGGGCUUGGUUGCAUCGUGUAUGUAACGGAGAUUGAUCCGAUCUGUGCCCUUCAAGCCUGCAUGGAUGGUUUCCGUGUGGUCAAGCUGAACGAGGUGAUACGGACCGUUGACGUCGUCAUUACGUGCACUGGUAAUAAAAAUGUGGUGACCCGUGAGCACAUGGAUAAGAUGAAAAAUGGAUGCAUCGUGUGCAACAUGGGCCAUUCCAACACGGAAAUCGACGUCAACAGUCUGCGAACUUCGGAACUGCAAUGGGAGAAAAUGCGUUCCCAAGUCGAUCACAUCAUUUGGCCUGGCCCAGACGGGAAGCGCAUCAUUCUGCUGGCAGAGGGACGCCUGGUGAAUUUAUCUUGCUCAAGUGUGUCUUCGUUCGUUGCGUCGAUCACAGCAGCUACUCAGGCGUUGGCGCUAAUCGAACUAUUCAAUGCUCCACCCGGGCGGUACAAGGCAGACGUGUAUCUGCUGCCGAAAAAAAUGGAUGAAUACGUCGCAAGUCUACAUUUGCCUACGUUAGAUGCUCACCUGACGGAAUUGAGCGACGAGCAGGCUCGUUAUAUGGGUCUAAAUAAGGCGGGGCCGUUCAAACCCAACUACUACAGGUAUUAGUUGUUUGUUCCACUGGUAGAAACAAAAAACAAGCAAGCAUUUUACGAAACCUGUCGAGAGUGUUCGUAUCUCAGCACGAUGAUCGUCGCAGGUUUUUAUUUUAUUUCAAAAUAAUAAUAGCAUACCCUGCGGAAGAAAUUCAUUUGAAAAAGAGCAAACUAAUGAGUUGAUUUAUUGAUAAUAGCGUCGUAGGAAAAUAUAGGUACCGUAGACUAUUAGAACGUGUAAGACAAAAAAAAUCAUUCGCUGAAAAUUGAAACGAAACUCUUCCGCUUCUACUAUUAUUCAGAGACGAGACAGGCACGGAUUUAUUAUCAUGCAUUCACAUUGUUAAAAUCGUCUUACUUUUAGUACUUUGCAAAAAAAAACCUUGGCGCACCGCUUAUUCAAUGAGUCAAUUGAAGUGAUAAGCUAGUAUGUGCUACUUUAUCCAAUGACAUUGCUUUGAAUUUAAAGACGCCAGUAGUAUUUAGCUUAGUGACCACAGAUAAAAUACCACUUAGAUUAACUAUUUUUUCACCUUCAAGUAUUCGGUUGUCGAGAGAAAGGUAUAUUUAAUAGAAAAUUCGAUUUUUUGCAUAUCGUUUAAGGAUGCACUUGUUUCCAGUUUACAGGUACUAUGAGCCAUUGCACGGAGGAGUUCUUCUCCUUCGUAAGAUUCAACGGCCAAAUAUAAAUCGGCCGAACGAUCGAUUGAUGCAAAGUUAGGAAUAUACCAGAUAUUUUUAGGC